AUGAGGAUUAUCUUUUUCGCUUUCGCUUUCAUUCCCUUUCUUGCUGCUUCCAGCGCCACUGACGCUGCCAACGCCAACGGCCAGUUGCGCGGUGCCGCCCUGCUCUCCCCUGUCCAAGCUCCCAGGUUGGCUCAGCCCCAUGGUGCUCUCCAGCCCCAUGGUGGCAGCUGCGGACCUACCUGCCCCCCUGAUGAUGAUGCUUUGGAGGAAGCACUUGAAGAAGAAGAAGACCUUGUCCCUGCCCCAGCCCCCAAGCUUCUCCAGCCCCAUGGUGGCAGCUGCGGACCUACCUGCCCUCCCGAUGAUGAUGCCUUGGAAGAACUUGAUGCCAUGAAGAAGGUCUUGAAGAAGAAGAAGAACUUGUCCCUGCUCCUCCCCCAAGCUCCUCCAGCCCCAUGGUGGCAGCUGUGGACCUACCUGCCCCCUGAUGAUGAUGCUUUGGAAGAACUUGAUGCCAUUGAAGAGCUUGAGGAGGAAGAAGACCUUGUCCCUGCUCCUGCUCCCAAGCUCUCAGCCCCAUGGUGGAGCUGUGGUCCACUGCCCCCCUGA